AUGGGCGCGCUCACGACGUUAUCACGCGCCAUUCUCGGGUUUGGGGGAAGAGAUUUGCGAGAUGAACGCCUCGUGCGAGCGGUGUACGCGUUCCGAGCGACGUUUUACCUCCUCGCGUGGGGCACGACGAGUGGGUUGAUAAUCCUGUUGAACGACGCGGUGCUGAACAAGUACGACUUCCCGUACCCGAUCGCGGUGAGCGCCACGGGGCCUUUGGUCUCGUGGAUCAUCGCCGCCGUAUUGGUGGUGACGAAUCGCGUGAAGCUGGAGAAGACGCUGACGAUUAGAGAGUGGUUGUUGACGGUUUUCCCGAUUGGCUUCUUUACCGCGGUGACCUACGCGGCUGGGAACCAGUUGUAUCUGUACCUUAGCGUCAGUUUCAUACAGAUGAUGAAGUCGCUGUCGCCGUGCGUGGUGUUUGCGAUGUUAGUGAUGGCAAAGUUAGACACGCCGACGAAGCCAAAGGUGGUGUCGGUGGCGAUGAUGACAGUCGGCAUGGGUGUGGCGUGCGCCACAGAGGAGACGUUCACGGCGCUCGGGAUGACGUUGAUGAUCAUCGGUGAAGGCGCGGAGUCGAUGCGAAUGGUGUUGUUUCAGAAUUUCUUAGAUAAUCGCGGGUUCGGUCUGUUGGAGGGGUUGUUUUACACGUGUCCAGCGAACUUAUUCUUCCUAGCGAUAGGGGUGGCAAUCUUUGAAGAGAGGGAAAUAUCGCUGCGGGGGGACUUAGAGAUAGUUCGCCAGAAUCCGUGGCCAUUUAUCGCGGUUUCGGUCUUGGGGUUUCUAGUUCUAAUCACCACGCUCGGGGUGAUCAAGACUUGUGGAUCACUGACGUUCAAGGCCGCUGGUCAGUUGCGAAACAUUGCCAUCAUUCUCAUAGGCGUCAUCUUCAUGGGUGAGAAGACAACGUUCUUGCAGUUGUUCGGGUACGGAGUGAAUGUGCUAGGAUUCGCGUACUACCAAAUGACUAAAGCGGACGAAGACGUCCGGAAGUUAGCCGAGGCGGAGGGUGGAACGGGUGACGAGAGUGAGCAAAAGCUUCUCGACUCGCCAAGGUCGAGCGUGAGCAACGGUAGCGACGGCGCGACAGAAUUCCACAAACUAUAG